CUUAUUAUGUGCAGUUGUUGUUUGUGGAGGGCAGCAGCUUGUACUGUUGAAAAUAAAGCGUCACUGCUUAAUUUUCAUUUAAUUAUUCACUUCAGCAAGUUAAACUUUACACGGAUAAAUAAUUUGUUGAUAUUAUAGUGUAUAAAAGGAAAUAUGUUCGCUUCGGUUUUAGCUGCGGGGCUGGAUAACCUGAGUACGAGGAAUAAUAGCAACUCUAAAAUUAGUGGGGACAACAGUUCCGGAAAAGUUGAGGGGAAUUCAAACACUAAAUUAUACACGGAUAAAUCCAUUCUGAACAUUUUGGAAAAUUCCAAUUGUAAUUUGAACUUUGUCAAUGUUUCGGCUAAAUUGACAAACUCAAGUAAUAGCGAUGUUACGUGGAAAAAUGGGGAUUUAAUGGUGGAUAAUUGCUCGAAUUCACAGCUCCGUGGCGACCCAGACGAUGGCAAAUGCUCCUUCAACUCGAAUUCCAAUCUUAAAUUUUCUGGAAAGGGGACAAUCUCCUGUGAAUUUAGAAACAACUCAAAUACGGAUGCUUCCCUUCCGGAGGGUGGGAUUGUCAAGGCGAUAGGAAAUUCUAAUCUGAAAAUUAAUGGGGGUAGUCAAAACCUGGUAGUCGAAGACACAAAGAAUUUGCACAUUCGUAGUACCCCGUUCAAAAAUCGAUUCCAAGUCGUCCAGCAAGGUAAGUGGUUCAGCUGGCUGCCUAGUUUUGGACAACAACCUUCAUGCGAGAAUGAGGCAAAUAAUCUCCGGUAUGAAUUGGAUUAUGCAAAAACCGGAAAAAUUAUCAGAUCCAAAUACUUGGCUGGAGAUUUUUCCUUUGAUUUGACUCAUUCUCGCGAUGAGGUUCAAGUUCAACUUGGCUCUGGUGGAAAUCUGAGGGACGUGAGGAUUGAUAAAGUCAGUGGGAAAAGUGUGAUCGUCACGGGAACGGGGGCGGAUGGGAGUCGACAAGAGCUAGAAAUUCAGGGACCUAACACUGUUUCGGUGAAGGAUGAUGGGAGAACGGUGCUGAUCAGUUUGUGUGAUCAGGCCGGUUUGUAAUUUUAAAUUGGAUCAUUCAUUUAUAAAAUAUUUAACUGGUGGUAAUUGGUAAAAUUCUGCUGUGAUGACGAGUAGUUUUAAGAAUUUGCAUUGAUAUGAAUUUCAUAAAAAUUGAGUAACAGAAAAAUGGAAGGAAUAAUAUUUACUAAAAUGCAGUAUUAGUCCAUAUAAAAAAUGUAAUUAAUUGGGAUCCGGUUUAUAUUUAAUGACGGUUUAAUAAAGGUUUAUUCGAAUUUAUCCACAUAA